AUGGCUGGGCCGCAACAGCAGCAACCCCCUUACCUGCACCUGGCCGAGCUGACGGCGUCCCAGUUCCUGGAGAUCUGGAAGCACUUUGACGCAGACGGAAAUGGGUAUAUUGAAGGUAAAGAGCUAGAAAACUUUUUCCAAGAACUGGAGAAGGCAAGAAAAGGCUCUGGCAUGGUGUCCAAGAGUGACAACUUUGGGGAGAAGAUGAAAGAAUUCAUGCAGAAGUAUGACAAGAACGCAGAUGGGAAAAUCGAGAUGGCAGAGCUGGCGCAGAUCUUGCCGACCGAGGAGAACUUCCUUCUGUGCUUCAGGCAGCAUGUGGGCUCCAGCACCGAGUUUAUGGAGGCCUGGCGGAAGUAUGACACAGACAGAAGCGGCUACAUCGAAGCCAACGAGCUCAAGGGAUUCCUGUCUGACCUGCUGAAGAAGGCGAACCGACCAUAUGAUGAACCUAAGCUCCAAGAGUACACCCAAACCAUACUACGGAUGUUUGACUUGAACGGGGAUGGCAAACUGGGCCUCUCGGAGAUGUCCCGACUCUUGCCUGUACAGGAAAACUUCCUGCUUAAAUUUCAGGGCAUGAAGCUGACCUCGGAGGAGUUCAACGCAAUCUUCACAUUUUACGACAAGGAUGGAAGUGGCUACAUUGAUGAGAAUGAGCUGGACGCCCUCCUGAAGGAUUUGUAUGAGAAAAACAAGAAGGAAAUGAACAUCCAACAGCUCACCAGCUACAAAAAGAGCAUCAUGUCCUUGGCCGAGGCGGGGAAGCUCUACCGCAAGGACCUGGAGAUUGUCCUCUGCAGUGAGCCCCCCGUGUAA